GUUAUUAGAAGAAGAUCUUUCAGUGGGUGAAAGGUGAAGAAGACGAGGCUGUUAUAAGUCCAGGACACGGUCACCGAGCAGAACUUUGGAAGCUUGAGAGAAUAUGUUGCAGAACACAGGGAAGUUAGCUGGCCUCACGCUCUUCAUCACUGGAGCGAGUCGAGGCAUCGGUAAGGCCAUCGCGCUAAAAGCUGCCCGAGAUGGAGCCAACAUCGUUAUUGCCGCCAAGACCGCCGAGCCCCACCCGAAACUACCAGGAACCAUCUACACGGCCGCUCAGGAGGUGGAGGCAGCGGGGGGGAAAGCGUUGCCCUGUGUGGUCGACAUCCGUAAUGAGCAGCAACUGGAAGAAGCUGUUCAGAAAGCUGUGGAAAAGUUCGGAGGUAUUGACAUCCUGGUGAAUAACGCAAGUGCCAUCAGUCUGACGGGGACGUUAGAGACGCCAAUGAAGAAGGUGGAUCUCAUGCUGGGAAUCAACCUGAGGGGGACGUACUUGACGUCUAAGAUGGUCAUCCCUCACCUGCUGAAGAGUCAGUGUCCUCACAUCCUCAACCUGUCACCGCCACUCAACCUCAACCCCGUCUGGUUCAAGAACCACACUGCAUACACAAUGGCUAAGUAUGGCAUGUCCAUGUGUGUCCUGGGAAUGGCCGAAGAGUUCAGAGGGCAAAUUGCCGUCAAUGCCUUGUGGCCGAAAACUGCGAUCCAGACAGCAGCUAUGGACAUGUUGGGCGGCGAUGGCAUCAGUAAGCAGUGUCGUACAUCCGACAUCAUGGCCGACGCUGCUUACAUCGUCCUCUCCCAACCCAAGGACUACACAGGACGCUUCCUGGUGGACGAGGACGUCCUGAAGGAGCAGGGAGUCCAAGACUUUGAUCAUUAUGCUGUCCAACCAGGUCACCCCCUGCUGCCGGACUUCUUCCUGGAUGAAGCACCAGAGUCUCUAGCCCAGCAGAUGGAACAACAUGGUGCAACGCCAGCAUUCAAACCACCAUCGUCAUCGGCCACGCCCCCCUCUGGUGGACCAAUACAAAGUACAUUUAAUGCCAUCAGAGGAGUCGUCAAUGAAGAUGUGGUCAAGUCCACGCAGGGCAUUUAUCAGUUUGACCUGUCAGGAGAACACGAGGGCGUUUGGUUUCUGGACUUGAAGAAUGGCUCUGGCAGUGCGGGUGAGGGGCAGCCACCAGUCAAAGCCGAUGUUGUCAUGACGAUGGACUCCAGCGACUUCAGCAAGAUGUUUGCCGGUAAACUGAAGCCCACGUUGGCGUUCAUGUCCGGAAAACUCCGGAUCAAAGGUGACAUGGGGCUCGCCAUGAAACUGGAAAAACUCAUGGGCCGCAUGAACAAGGCUCGGCUGUGAGACGGAGGCCUAUGUCCACGCCUAUGUCCCCUCAGGCCCCGCCCCUCAGUGUUUGUCGCUGUUCUCAGGGGUCUCAAACUCAUGGCUCACGGACCACAUGCAGCCCCCCGAUAAUAGCAAGUUAUAAUGAAAACCUGAAAUAAUGUGCGUUGCUUAUACAGAGACAAAGUCAGACACAGUCUUUGACCCGUUGGAGCUGUUACACCUGACAAAACUUCACCUCCUACCUCUAUAGCUCUUAUUUUUGAAUGUGGAAGUAACUAAGUAACUAACUGAAAUCUGUAAAAGGACUGGGUUUGUUUUCCUGACAACACACACAAUGUCAUGUCAGUUCCACAUCAGUGUAAUAUCAUAGGCCUCAUAUAACUUAUGAGGAUAUUUUUAAUUUUGUUGUGGACAGUUGAAUUAUUGAAUGAAAUAAUGAAGGAAUAAAAGUCAGCAACCUGGAUUUAAUUACACCACACGAACAACACAUAUUUACCUGUGGCUGCUGGAGUCAGACUGGAUGUUUGACUGCCGUUUCAAAGCAUAGGCGUGUCUGGUACUGAACGAUCUCCUGAAGGUUUAUGAACCUUGCAUCCAUCCAUAUUCUGACUAGUGUUUUGUUGCCACAGCGAUCCAGACAGCAGCUAUGGACAUGUUGGGCCGCGAUGGCAUCAGUAAGCAGUGUCGUACAUCCGACAUCAUGGCCGACGCUGCUUACAUCGUUUACUAGAAGCGAUAUGAUCAAAGUCGUCGUCACAUCCGCUGUCAGUAAAGCAACGGAACUGCUGACAGGAAAUGCCAAACCGUUAUGUUGUGUUCUGCCAAAAAUAAGGAUUAUAACUCAGCUAAAGGUGCAGUUUGGGGUAAAUGAAAUAAAAAUCUAAACCCAUGAUACACGUAAUCAUGAAGAGAUAGACUAUAAUAACAGUUGUUCCAAAAUGUUUGAUUUAUUUUCACAUGACUGGCCCCUCCUUCCUGACCAGACUGUCCAGGCCCACAGGUCACAUGAGUUUGAGACCCUUGCUGUACAUGUUGCCUUAACAACUGUAAAUUUAAUAAAUAUAAGCUGCUGAAGAUAACCGUGUUAUAACUCAUGACACCACAACGGCCGUGAUGUUGUUUAGUUGUUUUUUUUAAUGACAUCUAUUAAUAAAACACGUGAUGACACAGUGA